GUGAACGAACUGUGUGGUGAACUGUCAUCGAUCGGUUUUAAUGUGCUUUAUAUAAUUUUUGAAUACAUCUUUUUAAUCAAAUGUACAUUUUCAUAUUUUAGAAGUAUUAGUGUUGUGACAGUUUUUCAACGACCAAAAUGGGCAAAUUCCGCACCAAACUCAAAGGUAGCACUAAAGGCAAGCGCUGGCCCAAAGGCCAGAGCUCCAGCUCGAACCCCGAAACCCAGAAACACCGAGAUUUGGCAAAAUCACGGUUCUUUCAAGAAAACUUGGGGCCGAGCAACCUAACGUCAGAAGCUUUGCGCAAACAUGACGCCAUUGAAACCUUUAAACCCCGACCUGACCCAGAACCCAUGGGUGUAGAGGACGACGUGGAAUCAUCCCUUGGAACAUACUCCUCGUACAAAACAAUGGAAUCAUUUGCGUCAAAUUGGUCCACUUACAGCAACAUGUCGUUUAACAGGUUUUUGAAGGUGUUUAGGGCAGAUUCGGCGCUGCAUAAGGAGAUGUUGGCGAUGUUGGCGGCUAUUAGUGAAGUGAUUAAGGAGAAUGGGGGGUCUGAGACGCCUACGGAGUACUUCGCGGCUUUGGUCACGACGCUUGAAAGGGUGUACGAUUCGGAGGAAAGAAGCGAGGAUGAAUUAACGGCUGUGUUGUCGUUGUUAAAUAUGGGAAUUAAGUCAGUACCAGAGGGGGUUUUAAGGCGCACUUUUAACGAUCUGGCGGCGAAAAUGAUGCACAUUUUGAAUGAGUAUGUGGAGUCGGACAACAACACCAUUAUUAAAACAGUCUUCGGGAUUUUGGGCACCCUGUUGAGGAAACAAGAGUUGAUGAUCUGGACGCACGACUCCACUAGUAAAAUAUUUACGUCUAUUUUGAAUCCGUUUUGCAUUCACACUAAACCAAAGUGGCGCAAAGGCGCACAACAAGCUGUUACCCUUAUCGUUAAAUCUGAUUGCUUUGAGGGUGCCAAUAAUAACGUAGCAGCUGAUAAAGUUGCCGAAUUUUGCGAACAAACCCUAGAAACUUGCAUGGGAGGAAAUUCAGGGGUUGUUCUAGUUUCGUCUAUACAAGCUGGUCAAACUACUAUUUUACACACCCUUGGACUGAUGAAAGAAACAAUGUGUAGUUUUUCAAAGUCGCACAUUAAGAAAUCCUGCGAAAUUAUUUUAAGAUUGAUGACGUUAAACUACCCCAUAGUAACAUCGUGUGGACUUCAAGUCCUUCACGCACUCUUCUCUGCGCAGAAAGCAGUUGUACCAACCAAAUUAAACGCGCAACUGCUUUCAGCUUUGUAUGAUUACCAACCGGGCUCUGGUGAUGUGCAGCCAACUCUAGCAUGGCUAGCUGUAAUGCAUCAAGCUCAUGUUCAUUUAGCUGAUACUGACAUUUCUGUGUCAUGUGCUGCUUUACCCAAAGUUUUUUCAACUAUAACGCAACUGUGGCUGUCUGAAAAAACAGAAAUAAUGACUGCGGCCACUCAUGCUGUGGAGAUUUUAUUGAGGGAUGCUGUAGGUCCGGCUUGCUCAACUAAAGAACAAGUGGAGCAGUAUAGUUCAAAAUUGGCAAAGUGUUUUAGUUGUAUUGAAGCAGGGCUUGGAUACCAGUAUCACAGUGUUUGGCAUCAGGUGUUACAUUUGAUUGGAGUCAUGUUUGAGGUUGCUGGUCAAAACUGCAGUCAUAUGUUACAAGGUUCUUUAAAAAGUUUGACUGAAUUAAGAGACUCGUAUAAAUUUAGUUAUAAUAGCGAAUUGGAACAUGCUGUAGGUGCGGCAAUUCGAUCCAUGGGGCCUGAAGUUGUUCUAAAUGUGAUUAGUUUAAAAAAAGAUAAUGGUGAUUUGAAUUUGGAUAGAUCUUGGAUGUUGCCCGUUUUGAAAGAAAAUAUUAAGUCUUGCACUAUUGAGUAUUUUAUGAAGGGGAUUAUGCCUUUAGCUCUGUAUUGUCAGAAACGGUCUACUGAGUUGGCUGAAGCCAAUGAUGGAAUAGGUGCGCAUAGUUGUGAACUGUUGUAUAUGCAGUUAUGGAAUUUAUUGCCGUGUUUUUGUAAUCACCCUACGGAUAUUAAAAACAGUUUCAAGAGCAUAGCAAAAGUCCUCGGAACCGCCAUCUCCGACCGCAAAGAACUCCGCUUAUCCGUCAUGGCGUCCCUCCGAAAACUAAUCGCCAGUGCCAAAGAAUCCGAGAACCAAGACGACAUCGCCGAAAUCGCACGUUUCGACAAAAACUACCUCCCGAUAUUAUUCAACGUAUACACGACCAAACCUCUCGGAAGCGACGAAGAAGGCCAAAGAUUAGCAGCCCUAGACACAAUCAAAGUUUUCUUGACUCUCGCAAGUCCACAACUAACCGAACAGCUGUUCAAACAUGCCGUAGAACGACUUAACAGUUCGUCAGAGGACCCUGAAGAUUCCUUCAUUAAAGAGAGCAUCCUAGACCUGAUACGAGCUCUAGUGCCGUACCAGAACACCGAGAAUGUAGGAGUUUUGUACGAGCAGUGCGUUAAACCACUACCUGAUAUAAAAAGCAACAAGGAACAGAAGAAAGCGUACCGGUUGUUGGAGGAGAUCUGUGGAAGUCAGUCAGAAAGUUGUAAGGAGUUUGUCAAAAGUAACAGGAAAGAGGUGCAGAGGUUGCUGUGGAAGUCUUUGGAGACGGCGGCUGUGUCUAGUAAAGGGGCGAGGUUGAGGUGUUUGAAUUAUUUAUUGAAAGCGCAACCCCAGCUUGACGCAGAUAGUAAACUUAUCAAGAGGGUGGUACCAGAAGCGGUUUUAUCAUGUAAAGAUAUCAACGAGAAGACCAGAUAUAUUUCGUAUGAGGUUUUGAACACGGUUGGGGGAAUUCUUCAGCAACACAAUGAGAUGGAUAAGUUUAUUCAUUUGGUGAGUGGGGGGCUUUUCGGGGAUGUGAAUCUCAUGAGUUGUACGAUUUUGGCGCUGGCGUCGAUUCUUCACAACUUUUCAGGUGGGCUGGGUCAGGCCACGAUUCAGUGGAUUUUAGAGAAGGUAGCGGCGUUGCUGGCGUCUUCUACAAGGGAAGUGGUUGCUUCUGCUUUCAGUUUUAUUAAAGUGUAUUGUAAAACAAUGCCGAGUCCGAUGGUGGCGGCAUCACUCCCUCUUAUCAUUAAAUCCUUAUGUGCAAUGACCGACGAUUGUAGUAGACACUUUCGACUAAAAAUCCGCGACAUAUUAAACAAACUAGUGCGAAAAUACGGCAGCGAAACCAUAACACCUCACAUCCCUGCCUCGAACACCGUCAUGUACAAAAGACUGAGAAACAUCCGCAAACUCAACGCACGCAAGAAGCGACAAAAAGAAGGCGAAAAAGACGAUGAAGACAGCGAUGACGAACAAUUCUUAGUUAAAGCAAAACCAAAAAGUGUCGAAGAAAUCCUCGCCGACUCUGAUUCCGACUUCGACGACAUGGAAACCGACCAACCCAAACCUCCAAAGCGAAAACAACCGAAAACUUGGAUCGAAGAGGACGCCGAGAGCAUCGUGGACUUCACCGAUCCGAACGUCGUCAGUAAAAUCACCGCUACUAAGCCAGGCACGAGUGCCCCCUUCCAGCAGGCGUCGAAAAAAGCAGAGAAAGACCGAGGUUUCAAGACCGCCUCAGACGGGAGGCUUAUUAUCACGGACGAUUCGUCUGAUAGUGACUCUGAGAAAAAAAAUAAAAUUAGUUUCGAUUCGGAUGAUUCGGGGUCGGAGCUGGAUGAUAAGAGCGUUGCGGAAACUUUGGUUUUGAGCGAUCGGAAGAGGAAGAGGGCUGCUAGUGUAAAGAGUGGCGUUAGCUCGGUUAGUCAGCCCCCUACGAAGUAUAAGCCUGGAGGUAUUGGGAUUCAUAGGUCGCUUAGUGCGGCGUCGGUCCGCAGUGGCGCUAGUAGUGUUGUAGGGAGUGAGUAUAGGGGCAAGAAGGCGAAGGGUGAUGUGAAGAAGAAGGGCAAGCCGGAUCCGUAUGCGUAUUUGCCGCUGAGGAGGUCGGCGAUUAAUAAAAGAAAAAAGUCGAAAGCUGCAGGUCAGUUUAAGAAUAUAAUAAAAGGGGCGAAGUCUGGGGCUCUGAAGGGGGCCAAAGCUAAAAGAAAUAAGAAGUAAAAUGAAUGUUCUAAGCUUGCUUUAGUAAUAAAUGUUUGGUAAUUCA